AUGCCAUCAGCCAAGACUAACGGCAUCGGCAUCCAGGUGGAGGACCUCAAGAUAUGUGUCGUCAUGGUCGGUCUGCCCGCCAGAGGCAAGAGCUUCAUCGCCCAGAAAGCGCAACGGUAUCUGGGUUGGCUCUCAAUCAAGGCCAAGACCUUCAACGUCGGCAGCUACCGCCGCCAGGAGGAUGCUCACCCUUCUGCUGACUUCUUUGACUUUCACAACGCAGAGGGUGAGCGGAGACGUCGCGCCGCCGCCGAGAAGGCCAUCGAGGACAUGCUGGCUUGGUUCCGCCAGGGCGGUGUCAUCGGCAUCCUCGACGCCACCAACUCCACCAAGGAGCGCCGCAAGUGGGUUCUCGACAUCUGCACCAAGGAGGGCAUCGAAGUCCUCUUUGUCGAGAGCAAGUGCGAUGACGAGAACCUCAUCAUGGCCAACAUCCGCGACGUCAAGCUCACCUCCCCCGACUACCAGGGCCAGGACCCCGAGGAGGCGGCCCUCGACUUCCGCAACCGCAUCCGCAACUACGAGAAGGUGUACAAGUCGCUUGACGAGGACGGCGACGAGGAUGAAUACACGUACCUCAAGAUCAUGGAUGUCGGCAAGCAGGUCAUCAUCAACCGCAUCCAGGACUACCUGCAGAGUCGUGUCGUUUACUACCUUAUGAACCUUCACAUCCGGCCUCGUUCCAUCUGGCUAUCAAGACACGGAGAGUCCAUGUACAACUUGGACGGCCGCAUUGGCGGCGACACAAUGCUCUCGCCUCGUGGUGAGCAAUACGCCAGGAAACUUCCUGAGCUCGUCAGGAAAUCAGUCGGCGACGACCGUCCCCUCACCGUUUGGACCUCAACACUGAAGCGCACCAUCGCCACCUCCCGCUUCCUUCCUUCCGACUACAACCAACUGCAGUGGAAGGCUCUCGACGAGCUCGACUCUGGUGUGUGCGACGGACUGACCUACCAGGAGAUCAAGGACCGCUUCCCCGAGGACUUUGCCGCCCGCGACGAGGACAAGUACAACUACCGCUACCGCGGCGGCGAGUCCUACCGCGACGUCGUCAUCCGCCUCGAGCCCAUCAUCAUGGAGCUCGAGCGCUCCGAGGACAUCCUCAUCGUAACCCACCAGGCCGUCCUGCGCUGCAUCUACGCAUACUUCAUGAAUAAGUCUCAGGCGGACAGCCCGUGGAUGAACGUGCCGCUACACACUCUCAUUAAGCUCACCCCGCGUGCCUAUGGAACCGAGGAGGUGCGCUACGAGGCCAACAUUCCGGCUGUUAGCACCUGGCGCGGCAAGGGCUCCACGGCCAAGCAUGAGAACCCGACGGCGGAGUGUACGUGA